AUGAAUUACUACAACCAGAAUAUCAUUAAUAGAGCAAAUAACCGAAACGACAAUGAAGACCCCAAUUUUGGGAACAAGGAAAAUAACCUGAACAGUAUAAACAAUAUAAGUAACCCAUAUAUAAAUAAAAAAAUAUAUGAAAGCAGUUCCAAUAAGCUAAGUAACAAUAUUAUUCCUAGCGGCCCUUUUGAAAAUAACUUUUAUCAAAAUAAUGUAUCGGUAAAAAAUUUUAAUAUUGCACAUAGUAAUAAUACCAAUAUAAACAACACUGUGAUAACUACUAACCCAUUUAACAAUCCUCUAAAUCCUGCAAAUGAUAUGGGUACAAAUGAAGGCUCCUUUUUUGGUAGCUUUAAUUCAUCAAAUAAGAAUCAAUUAAAAGAAGAUACAACUAAACGAAAAGAAGAUGAUGAGGAAGAAGACGAACUUCCUUUACUAGAAGAAUUGGGAAUUAAUUUUGAUUUAAUUUCGAAAAGAAUGAAAUCUGUUUUUAUGUUUUACAAAAUUGAUGAUACGCUAUUUGAAAAUUCAGAUUUAUCUGGUCCCCUAAUUAUUGUCCUUUCCCUGGGAUUUAUAUUAUUAUUAGCCGGAAAAGCUUCCUUCAGCUAUAUCUACUUAAUAGGAAUUGUUAGUAGUCUGAGCAUAUAUGUGCUCCUAAAUAUGAUGAGUCAGAACCUUACGUUGGACCUAUACCGCACGAUUAGCAUGUUAGGAUAUGCGCUUCUUCCCCUAGUCAUUUUGUCCUUCAUUUCGAUAAUAAUCAAUUUAAGAUCAAAAAAGGGAUACAUCAUUUCAUUUUUGUGCAUUUCUUGGUCAGCCUUAACAGCUUCACGAUUUUUUGAAGUGACUCUCCGGAUGAAUAGCCAAAGAUACCUUGUUGCCUAUCCAAUAUUUCUAUUAUAUUCAUGUUUUGCGUUAAUUAUUAUUUUUUAG